AUGACCAGAACCACCUACGAAGACCCAUGGGUCCCGAAGACGACGUCAUCGGUCUUUUGCUGUGUAAAGGUUUCAGACGGAUCGUUGGAGCCAGCAUAUGAUCCAAAACCUGAGGAUGAUUCGGUGUUCACUGUCGAUCUCGACAAGAUGGACAUCAAAUCAAUGGUCUCUACAUCUGUUCCCUCGUGCUACUUCACUUGCACCAAUGAGGCGUGUUUGGAGAUGAAGAGACUUCUCAAGCAUCAGAAGAAGUGCAGAAAGGGGGAUAAGUGUCUAGUCCAGGACUGCACUGUUCUCCGCGCCAAGGCUAAACACUUCCAGAAGUGUGUUACCCUGAACUGUCAAGGUUGUGGACCGAUCGAUGCCUCUCUCCGAAUCCUCCUUGGCAAAAACCGCUUCCAACUGCAACUCUGGAAUCCGAUGAUCCCAAAUGAGACUCGCAACUCGUACGUCAUCAGAAUCUUCAACGCUCUCCGUCUUCCAAAUUCCGUGGAGAAUGAGCAACGGCUCGGCCAGCUGCUCUGCUUCGCCCGCAACGCCGAACGUCAACACUUCCUAUGCUGUGAUACUGAAGAGAAAUACUUCAAGGCCAUCAACAAACAGGCACAGAGAAUCUCCAAGGACAUUGAGAUGCUCCUCGAGCUCAAGAAGAAAUUCUAG